UAUUCUUACUACAAACUACUACAAAAAGCAGAAGAAUCAGAAGCAGCAUAAAGUUUGUGCUUUCUUUUCCCUUCAUUGUUACAUCUGGGAAAGGGUCUGUUCUUUAUUGGCUGAAAUCCUGACUGGUUCUUUUUGCCUCGCAUUUGGAGGAGUUGAAAUUGGAAGUGGGCACAUUGGGAAGGUGGCUGUAUAAUGAGUCUCUAACCUGCUAAACUCUGUGAAUUAGAAUCAAGCACUUGGGAGCUUUUGGUUCUCUGAGCUGGUUCUCACACACACACACACACAUACACAAAUGCUCGAACUUGCAUAUGUUUUAAGACAACAGCUUUUGCUUUAGCGGGGCAGUCAUGAGUGUUGUAUGUACGGUGGUUCUUCUUGUCUGAGACUCAGGAGUAGGAUGGGACUGCUCUCCGUGGGAGUCUGUUAGGAUUUGGACUGUAUCCACCUGCAGUGUUUAGAAAAGCCAGACAAGAGGCAUGAAAUCCCCCCUAGUGUGCCACUUGCCCAGCCCAUCUAAGUCAGGAGCUUUGCAGGCAAGUUCAGAGCUCUGUGGGCCGUUGUGGUGACAUAGGCAGAGGGCGGGCAGGGUUGCCAGCGCCCCGCCUGGUCUGGGAUCGCCUGUGCGCAGCUCUGUGAGAGCUCAGGGACCACGUGAAGAUUGUGAUUGGUCCCUAGACCACACCUAGUUGGUGAGUGCAGCUGCUGCCUGAAAAUCCCUCAGCUCUGCUGACAUCGCUGGAGUGCAUGCAAGCCUACCUUUGGACACCAGACCGGAGAGGGACCGUGGAGCUGCUGCGGUGGACGAGUCGUGGAAACUUUCCUGAGUCCUCGGGCCUCCCGCGCAGGGCGAUGCCGGCCUCGACCACCAUCCACGUGCUGCAGCUGCUGCGGGAGCUGCUGGCCUUCGUGCUCCUCAGCUACACGGUGCUCAUCGGGGCGCUGCUGCUGGCCGGCUGGACCACCUAUUUCAUGGUGCUGAAGUGACAGCGCCGCUGGCCCGGCUCCCCGCCCCUCCCG